CAGGUUUGGGAGUUACAUCUCUUCCCCUUCAAUCAACGUUAGCAAAUACUAUGCUACCUGGGUCCCCUGAAACACUACCAGAAACGUUUGUAGUCGGCUGUUCUCCUGCUCAGUGUAUGACACAGGCCUGAGAUUUAAAUAAACUAAAAGAUAGAACGAAGAGAUGGACAGCGGGGCAUCAGGAUGACCCCAAUGCCAGUGCAACUUGGCAAAGGCACAGGCCUGUCCAAGCCUCUGAUUUGUAUUAGUAAUCAGUUGGGGCAAAAGCAAGCUACAUGCAAAGGAAUGCAGUCGUGCGGCUUCUGUGGAAAUCAAUGUAAACAAGGCUCAUAAAGGACAAGGCAAAGUACCCUUGAAUUAGGAGCAGAACAGACAAAAUAGAUGGUUGUGAUUAGAACAUUGCCCUUCAGUCUGAAGGUUUCAGUUACGGGCAUGGAAUUUGGGUGCCAGUUCCUCUGAUCUCGGCACGUAGGCUUCAGCCGGCCUCGCUUCUGUGAACAGCCAGUCUCGGGGUUGGCUCUUCACAGCCCGCACUGCCCACAGCCUGCUUCGGGCACAGUCUGCGCUGCAGUGUCCUGUACCACGCCCUGAGUGCAAUUUCUUUCCCUCUGGAAGAAGGAAGCUGCUUUCCCCCGUGUUGAUGCCUGCAUAGAAAUCAGCUGAUUCUUGAGCCAAGCAUAAGGAAGACAGUUGGAGUCGGAUCCAGAUCUCACCGGCUCCCCGCUGGAGACAAGGGCUGAGGAUCAAGUCCAGGGCCAGCUUCCACCACUGAGCCGCACCCUCAGCCCAACAAAGCAUCUUUUAAAAGGGUCAAGAAGCUAGAGCAUGGCCCUGAGCAAUGGGAGCCCUGAUUUUGUGUUUCUGAGCAAUGGCAGCAUUGCAACCGGCACUACCAGUCGGGGUGCCCUGGCGCCCGGGGAUGGCGACCUCGUCGCCCAGCAGCUCCUGCCCAGAGACGUGGCCCCAGCAAAAGCCGCACGCUGCCUGCUGCCCUCGCCGCCCUUCUGCCUGCACCACCCGUGGCCUGACCAGCUCCAGCACCAGCCCGCACAGCAGCGCGUAGCCGGACUCAGCCUCAGACCACGCAGACCUUUCAAGUUGCCGAAAAGCUAUGCGGCCCUGCUAGCUGACUGGCCAGUGGUGGUCCUGGGCCUGUGUACCCUGCUCAUCGUGGUCUGUGCGCUGGUGGGCGUGUUGCUGCUAGAGCUUCCAGACUUCUCAGAUCCACUGCUGGGUUUUGAGCCAAGAGGGACAACGAUAGGUCAGAGACUGGUCACGUGGAACAACAUGGUCAAAAACACCGGAUACAAAGCCACGCUGGCAAAUUAUCCUUUUAAAUAUGCAGACGAGCAAGCCAAGAGCCAUCGGGAUGAUCGGUGGUCAGAUGAUCAUUAUGAAAGAGAGAAAAGAGAAGUGGACUGGAACUUCCACAAAGACAGCUUUUUCUGCGACGUCCCGAGUGAACGAUAUUCCAGAGUAGUGUUUACCUCUGCGGGAGGGGAGACACUGUGGAAUUUACCUGCAAUUAAAUCCAUGUGCAAUGUAGACAACUCCAGGAUCAGGGCCCACCCCCAGUUCGGCGAUCUCUGCCAGAGGACCACGGCUGCCUCCUGCUGCCCAAGCUGGACCUUGGGCAACUACAUCGCCAUCCUGAACAACAGGUCGUCCUGUCAGAGCAUCGUGGAGCGCGACGUGGCCCACACCCUGAAGCUGCUGCGCACCUGUGCCAGACACUACCAGAACGGCACCCUGGGGCCCGACUGCUGGGACGCAGCGGCGCGGAGGAAGGACCAGCUCAAGUGCGCCAGCGUGCCACGCAAGUGCACCAAGUACAACGCCGUGUACCAGAUCCUGCACUACCUGGUGGACAAGGACUUCCUGGGCCCGAAGGUGGAGGAGCGCACCGCGCCGGCGCUGAAGUACAGCAUGCUGUUCUCGCCCACGGAGAAGGGGAAGAGCAUGAUGAGCAUUUACCUGGACAACUUCGAGAGCUGGAACUCGUCCGACGGCGUGACGACCGUCACCGGCAUCGAGUUCGGCAUCAAGCACAGCCUGUUCCAGGACUAUCUGCUGAUGGACACGGUGUACCCGGCCAUCGCCAUCGUCAUCGUCCUGCUGGUCAUGUGUGUGUACACCAAGUCCGUGUUCAUCACGCUGAUGACGAUGUUCGCCGUCAUCAGUUCCCUGAUCGUCUCCUAUUUCCUCUACCGCGUGGUGUUUAACUUCGAAUUUUUCCCUUUCAUGAACCUCACCGCACUCAUCAUUCUGGUUGGAAUCGGGGCCGAUGACGCGUUUGUACUGUGUGACGUGUGGACCUACACCAAGUGUGACAAGCCUCACGCCAAGACCUCCGAGACGGUGAGCACCACCCUGCAGCAUGCCGCCCUGUCUAUGUUCGUCACCAGCUUCACCACCGCUGCCGCCUUCUACGCCAACUACGUCAGCAACAUCACGGCCAUCAGGUGCUUUGGGGUGUACGCGGGCACCGCCAUCCUGGUGAACUACGUCCUGAUGGUCACCUGGCUCCCGGCUGUGGUCGUGCUGCACGAGCGCUACCUGCUCAACAUCUUCAACUGCUUCCGGAAGCCCCAGCAGCUGCUGUACGAUGACAAGAGCUGCUGGACUGUGGCCCGCCGGAAGUGCCACCAGCUGCUCCUCGCUGUUUCUGAGGCCUCCCGGAUCUUCUUCGAGAAAGUGCUGCCGUGCGUCGUCAUUAAGUUCCGCUACCUGUGGCUCUUGUGGUUCCUUGCGCUGACGGUGGGCGGUGCCUACAUCGUGUGUGUGAACCCCAAGAUGAAGCUGCCCUCCCUGGAGCUGUCCGAGUUCCAGGUGUUCCGCGCAUCCCACCCGUUUGAGCGCUACGACGCUGAGUACAAGAAGCUGUUCAUGUUUGAGCGCGUGCACCACGGCGAGGAGCUGCACAUGCCCAUCACUGUGGUCUGGGGCGUGUCCCCCAAGGACAACGGCAACCCGCUCAACCCCAAGAGCAAGGGCAAACUGACGCUGGACAGCACCUUCAACAUCGCCAGCCCUGCGUCCCAGGCCUGGAUUCUGCACUUCUGCCAGAAGCUGAGGAACCAGACGUUCUUCUACCAGACUGAUGAGCAGGACUUCACCAGCUGCUUCAUCGAGACCUUCAAGCAGUGGAUGGAGAACCAGGACUGUGAUGAGCCCGCCCUGUACCCGUGCUGCAGCCACUGGAGCUUCCCCUACAAGCAGGAGGUCUUCGAGCUGUGCAUCAAGAGGGCCAUCAUGGAGCUGGAGAGGAGCACAGGCUACCACCUGGACAGCAGGACGCCGGGGCCACGUUUCGACGUCAACGACACCAUCCGGGCCGUGGUGCUAGAGUUCCAGAGUGCCCACCUCUUCACGCUGGCCUACGAGAAGAUGCACCAGUUCUACAGCGAGGUGGACUCGUGGAUCUCCCAGGAGCUGCGCUCUGCACCCGAGGGCCUCGGCAAUGGCUGGUUUGUGAGCAGCCUGGAGUUCUAUGACCUCCAGGACAGCCUCUCGGAUGGCACCCUCAUCGCCAUGGGGCUGUCGGUGGCAGUGGCCUUCAGCGUGAUGCUGCUGACCACGUGGAAUGUCGUCAUCAGCCUGUACGCCAUUGUCUCCAUCGCCGGCACCAUCUUCGUCACUGUGGGGUCCCUGGUCCUGCUGGGCUGGGAGUUGAACGUUCUGGAGUCCGUCACCAUCUCGGUGGCCGUGGGGCUGUCUGUGGAUUUUGCUGUCCAUUAUGGGGUUGCGUACCGCCUGGCCCCAGACCCCGAUCGGGAGGGCAAGGUGAUCUUCUCUCUGAGCCGCAUGGGCUCGGCCAUCGCCAUGGCCGCCCUGACCACCUUCGUGGCUGGGGCCAUGAUGAUGCCAUCCACUGUGCUGGCCUACGCACAGCUGGGCACCUUCAUGAUGCUCGUUAUGUGCGUCAGUUGGGCCUUUGCCACCUUCUUCUUCCAGUGCAUGUGCCGGUGCCUUGGGCCACAGGGCUCCUGUGGGCAGGUCCCGCUGCCCAGGAGGCUCCAGUCUAGAGCCUUUGCCCAUGCCCUGUCCUCAGGUCCUGGCGACAAAGGGCAGGGCAAAGCCCAUCCCUCGGAUGUGUGCCACAUGGAUCCCCAGGGCCAGAAGCCAGAGCGGGAGCGGGAGCUUUACGAGUUGGAACCGCUGGAACCGCUGGCGUCCCACGGCUGCACAGCCUCAGGGGAGACCUCACACGAGGAGACAUACCUCUGCACCGACCUUCUCGGCAGCCCAGUGGGGGGCUCGGGGGGGCCUGGGCAUGCGGCCCACGCUGGGGAGCACAGCCAGAGCACUGCCCUGCUCCCGCCCUGUCCUGAGCCACACCCUGUGCACCCCUUUUACUCCCUGAAUCAGAGAUGCCACUGCCUGCACGCCUACAGACUCCUGAUGUGCAGCUCACACUCUUGCCAGCAGGUGGACGACUCUGCAUGUGGCCACUGCACCCCUGCCCCAGCCAGCUUUCUCCAGAUCCAGAACGGGGUGCUGCCUCUGCAGGUAGCACAUCCAGCCCCCGAGAGUUUCGUGCACCACCUCCCACACCCGCACUCACACCCCUGUCCCUGCCUGCAGGGCCAGGGGAAGCCACCCAGAAGGCAGAGCUCCCCGCCUCAGAACUGUCACCUCCCGCAGACGCCCCAUGUGCAGGCCCCAGAGCCCUGGGACAAGACUGGCGCACGUGGCGUGCUGGGCUCUGACACUCAGCCCUCUGGGGCUGCAGAGCUGUCGCCGCUGGCCUGUGGGGAUUCUGGCUCUUCAUGGCUCCCACACUGUCAUCCUGAGGAUCAUCAAAGGGGUCUCCGCAGAGACAGGGAUGCCAGACACGGGGAGGGUGGCGGGGAGACCAGAAGCAAAGUCUCUGGUGCACAGCAUCGGAAUGGCAAAGCAGCAAGGGGAGCCGAGUCGACCUUGUCACAGGCUGGUGCAGUCUUGAACUUGGAACAUUUCAGUCACAGCGAACCAAAGCUUCUAUUGAACCAUUUCCUGGGCGAGGCUGGUCACAGGCCCGGCCAGGGCAGUGUGCAGAGCUGCGACAGAACUGCGAGAGGGCGGUGCAGCUCUGUGGACUGUCCGCUGCCAAACCUCGACACCAACGUGCCUGCUGCUUUAGUGCACUCAGAGCUAGCUGAGGAGAGCUUGUUAAUAAAAACACUCUAAUAAAUCAGCCUCCACACAGAACAGUGCCCGCGUGUCCUUCUCAGUGGGAGA